GCCAAUGACCAAUUUCCACAAAUUGCUAGAUUUCCUAGGACAGACAAAAAAGAUAGAAUAUACUUUGGUGAUUUGUCAAUAGCGACAGAUAAUCCAAGUCUGCGAAAUCUACGAGGUAUGUUGGUAUGUACAUGCAUAAAAAGCAAGGAUUCAGUUGGUUAAAGCUUUAUUAAAAUUGAGUGUUAAUUAUUCUUAAUAACAGAAUUAGAAAUAGAAAUUGAUAUAAUAAGCUAAAAAUAGUAAUCGAUUUAAUUAGAAUGCAGCGUUCGGAAUUGACCAAACGUGCCCUAGUAACAAUCAGCGCUUGUAGCAUACAACCUUCUUCGUUUUUACAAGAUGUGUUUGAGCGAUACGUAAUAAAAACCGUGAUCUUAAUCUCGAAUAGAUUCGAAAGAAAACGAAGAGAGAAAUACACGCGUGUACGAACGAGUACGGGGAUCCGACGUUCUGAUUAGUUUCCAGGGCUUGCACGCGGAGCGGAGGAUGAAAUACGUAUCGUGAUCUCCUCCACCCCGCUCACACGAUCACGUUUUACAAUUAAACCCGUGCUUUCGAACCGCUGUACUGUAUCCCAAUCUAAAAAGGGAACAAAAGAAGAAGAAAUCCGCGCCCCUCUUCCGAGAUCACGGAUCUACGAAUAGUGAUCGACAGCCCUGUCGGGAACAUCGGACGCGUCGUAAUUGGAAUGUCCACAUGAGGCUGCUGAAAUUCCUGCUUCGUUAUUUCCCACCAGGUCUCGCGUUGGAAUACACGCAAGGCGGCGACAUCAAGACAAAAAUGAUAGAUCUGUUGGAUUUGUCCGCUGAAACGGACAUAAGGACAUUAGCAGAGAGCAUAAGAGCAGCUGAACCUGUAAUAACCGAAGGGGUUGUGGACCAGUUGAUUGAGACCCUGCGUAAACUACAGGAUAAGGUCUGCGACGUGGACACAAAACGCUACUACAAAUAUAAAACCCUACAAACACAUCUCUUGCCCGUUACUAACGUAGCGUUCGAUAAACUAGGUAAAAGAUGCUUGACCGGCAGCUACGACCGAACUUGUAAAGUUUGGGACAUUGACAGUGGAACGGAGCUUCUUACUCUCGAAGGCCAUAAGAACGUCGUCUAUGCCGUCUCCUUCAACAAUCCGAUCUCGGACAGAAUCGUGACCGGAUCCUUCGAUAGGACAGCGAAGGUCUGGUGUUCGCGGACAGGUUACUGCCUCGCGACCAUGUGGGGUCAUGAUGCAGAAGUGACGGUAGCCAAGUUUUCACCGACGCGAUGCGAGAUCGCGACUGGGUCCAUCGACGCGACAUCAAAAAUAUUCCACGCGGAAACUGGUCAGGAGUUGGGCACGUUAAAUGGUCACAAGGCUGAAGUUAUUGCGUUGCAUUACAACGACGAUGGAAACCAGAUGAUAUCAGGUUCUUUCGAUGGUACUGUGAAUGUUUGGGACACGAGGACUUUCACACGAUCGAGUAUGCUAAGCGGGCAUCGCGCGGAGCUAUCAAACUGCUUGUACAAUUUCGACUGCUCGCUUAUCGCGUCGUCCUCGAUGGACAAGAGUGCAAAAGUGUGGGACAUAAGAACAAAUUCCUGCCUGGCUACACUAUCGGGACACGAUGAUGAGGUGCUGGACCUCGCGUUCGACAACAAUGGCAGAAAACUGGCGACCGCCAGUGGUGACACUACGGCGCGAGUUUGGAACGUGAACGGCCAUUUCCAACAACUGGCUCUGAUGAGAGGUCAUCGCGAGGAGGUCUCGAAAGUGUGUUUCAGUCCGAACGGUCAGCAACUUUUAACCGGCUCGUCGGACAGAACGGCUAAACUGUGGUCCAUGGAUGGUACCUGUCUCCAGCAACUGCGAGAGCAUACGGACGACAUCUUCGCCUGCGCGUUUUCCUAUACAGGGGACAGCAUAAUCACCGCCAGCAAGGACAAUACUUGUACGAUCUGGAGAUGAUUCGACUGGUUUCGCGUAUGCGCCUAGCUGCUACUCGUCGCUCUGUUUAUCGUUUACGUUGUGUAUUUUUACGUUAUCUAAAUCUACGGUAGAGCUGCAGGUAUAGCUUAUCGUUUUCCGAUGAACGGGGCGACGACGGUAUAUCGUUUCCACCUUUUACCAAAUACACGUAGCGUCAAAAGUUUCAUCACGGUAAGAAGAUAUUUGCAAAGACAAAGAAAUUUUACUAUAAGCAAAAGUUUGCUCUUUGCGAAAUCUGCAAAUAUAACUUGCUGACUUGAUAAAAAAACUUUAUAAGUCUGUUAAUAAUAUUGUUUAUUAACUAUAAUAUAUAAUUAUUAGAUAUG